GAGCGAGGGAGGAAGGGGCGCCGGCGGCGGGCGGGAUCCUGUGAGGCGCGUGAAGCCUCGCUGGCGCCUGGUCCGGGACCCAGACGCUGGCGGGCGCGGAGUUUCUCGCGACCGGCCGAGCCCGCCACUGCUGACUGCAUUUCAGAAAGCAUCAACUUUUCUCGAUGGACCUAGUCAUCAAGUGAAAUAUGCCAAUACUAUUUUAAGAAGCUUUGUAUUUCAUAUAAAAAAGUCUUCCCCCCUCAAAUGAAAAUGGAGGCAUUUGAGGAGUGAUUUAAGAUAUGGACAUUUGAGAAGGUGUCCUCAUCAAAUUGGUGAACCUAAAGAUAAGUACUGAACAGAUUAAUCCAAAAUACUUGCUUAUUUAAGCCAAGAGGAUUUCAUCUUGACAGAAAAGAACUUUUAUCCAGUAUGUAUUUUCUGGGAUUAAAGAGAGAGACAAGAACAGACUUAAAAGAAAAUAGAUGAAGAUGUUUAAAGAAUAAGCACUGUCAGUUGUAUUCUGAUUAAGAUAACCAAGUGAUGUUAAAUACAAAUCCCUGGUUGUGGUCCUAAAAGUAAGACCCUUUUUUGGUGGAACUAGUAUUAAGAGAAGUAGCACCAUUUGUGCAUUCAACUCAGUGAUAAAACUUAGAAUCAUCAGCAUGAAUGGCUUAAAAGAGAGCUUUCAACUAAAUCCAAAGUGCACUCUUUUUUUUUUUUUUUGCUAUUAUUUUAAAAAAUUCUUCCUAAUCAUUUAAAAAGACUUAAUAGCUACUCUAAAAGAUAAAAGAAAGGCAGAUGUCUGCAAACAAUUCCCCUCCAUCAGCCCAGAAGUCUGUAUUACCCACACCUAUUCCUGCUGUGCUUCCAACUGCUUCUCCGUGUUCAAGUCCUAAGACAGGACUCUCUACCCGACUCUCUAAUGGAAGCUUCAGUGCACCAUCACUCACCAACUCCAGAAGCUCAGUGCAUCCGGUUUCAUUUCUACUGCAGAUUGGCCUUACGCGGGAGAGUGUUACCAUUGAAGCCCAGGAACUGUCUUUAUCUGCUGUCAAAGAUCUUGUGUGCUCCAUUGUUUAUCAAAAGUUUCCAGAGUGUGGAUUCUUUGGCAUGUAUGAUAAAAUUCUUCUCUUUCGCCAUGACAUGAACUCAGAAAAUAUUUUGCAGCUAAUCACCUCAGCAGAUGAAAUACAUGAGGGAGACCUAGUAGAAGUUGUUCUUUCGGCUUUGGCCACAGUAGAAGACUUCCAGAUUCGUCCACAUACCCUCUAUGUACAUUCUUACAAAGCUCCUACUUUUUGCGAUUAUUGUGGUGAGAUGCUCUGGGGAUUGGUACGUCAGGGACUAAAAUGUGAAGGCUGUGGAUUAAAUUACCAUAAACGAUGUGCCUUCAAGAUUCCAAAUAAUUGUAGUGGAGUAAGAAAGAGACGUCUGUCAAAUGUGUCUUUACCAGGACCCGGUCUCUCAGUUCCAAGACCCCUACAACCGGAAUAUGUAGCCCUUCCCAGUGAAGAGAAAUUACUUAUAUUUCAGUCACAUGUUCACCAAGAGCCAAGUAAGAGAAUUCCUUCUUGGAGUGGUCGCCCAAUCUGGAUGGAAAAGAUGGUAAUGUGCAGAGUAAAAGUUCCACACACAUUUGCUGUUCACUCUUAUACUCGUCCCACAAUAUGUCAGUACUGCAAGCGGUUACUGAAAGGCCUCUUUCGCCAAGGAAUGCAGUGUAAAGAUUGCAAAUUCAAUUGCCAUAAACGCUGUGCAUCAAAAGUACCAAGAGACUGCCUUGGAGAGGUUACUUUCAAUGGAGAACCUUCCAGUCUGGGAACAGAUACAGAUAUACCAAUGGACAUUGACAGUAAUGACUUGAGUAGUGAGGGUAGUCGGGGCUUAGAUGACACAGAAGAGCCAUCUCCCCCAGAAGAUAAAAUGUUUUUCCUGGAUCCAUCUGAUCUUGAUGUGGAAAGAGAUGAAGAAGCUGUUAAAACAAUCAGUCCAUCAACAAGCAAUAACAUUCCACUAAUGAGAGUUGUACAAUCCAUCAAGCACACAAAGAGGAAGAGCAGCACAAUGGUAAAGGAAGGGUGGAUGGUCCACUACACCAGCAGGGAUAACCUGAGAAAGAGACAUUAUUGGAGACUUGACAGUAAAUGUCUAACAUUAUUUCAAAAUGAAUCUGGAUCAAAGUAUUAUAAGGAAAUUCCACUUUCAGAAAUUCUCCGCAUAUCUUCACCACGAGAUUUCACAAGUAUUUCACAAGGCAGCAACCCACACUGUUUUGAAAUCAUCACUGAUACUAUGGUAUACUUUGUUGGUGAGAACAAUGGGGAUAGCUCUUCUAAUCCUGUUCUUGCUGCCACUGGAGUUGGACUUGACGUGGCACAGAGCUGGGAAAAGGCAAUUCGCCAAGCUCUCAUGCCUGUUACCCCUCAAGCAAGUGUUUGCACUUCUCCGGGGCAAGGGAAAGAUCACAAAGAGUUGUCAAACAGUAUCUCUGUGUCUAAUUGUCAGAUCCAGGAGAAUGUGGACAUCAGUACUGUUUACCAGAUCUUUGCAGAUGAGGUGCUUGGUUCAGGCCAGUUUGGCAUUGUUUAUGGAGGAAAACAUAGAAAGACUGGAAGGGAUGUGGCUAUUAAAGUAAUUGAUAAGAUGAGAUUCCCUACAAAACAAGAAAGUCAACUCCGUAAUGAAGUGGCUAUUUUGCAGAAUUUGCACCACCCUGGGAUUGUGAAUUUGGAAUGUAUGUUUGAGACCCCGGAACGAGUCUUUGUAGUGAUGGAAAAGCUGCAUGGAGAUAUGCUGGAAAUGAUUCUCUCCAGUGAGAAAAGUCGGCUUCCAGAGCGGAUCACUAAAUUCAUGGUCACACAGAUACUUGUUGCUUUGAGGAAUCUGCAUUUUAAGAAUAUUGUACACUGUGAUUUAAAGCCAGAAAAUGUGUUGCUUGCAUCAGCAGAGCCGUUUCCUCAGGUUAAGCUGUGUGACUUUGGAUUUGCACGCAUCAUUGGUGAAAAAUCAUUCAGGAGAUCUGUGGUAGGAACUCCAGCAUACUUAGCCCCUGAAGUCCUCCGGAGUAAAGGUUACAAUCGUUCUUUAGAUAUGUGGUCAGUGGGAGUUAUCGUGUAUGUGAGCCUUAGUGGCACAUUUCCUUUUAAUGAGGAUGAAGAUAUCAAUGACCAAAUCCAAAAUGCUGCAUUUAUGUACCCACCAAAUCCGUGGAAAGAAAUUUCUGGUGAAGUUACUGAUGGUGCCCCAGCAAUGGCUGAUAAAAGAGAGGGACUUGUAAAAUUAUAAAAGAUGAUGGAAUUGCCACCCCAAACUCAAGUUUGAUAAAGUAUCAUUGAAUAGUACAUUAAGAAAAUUCGUGCACAAAAGCUUUUAAAUUGAUAAUGUUCUGUCACCAAGAUAUGAAUUUCACAGGAACAAGGGAUUGAAUCACUGCCAAUUCCAGGAAUUCCUUGGAAGUAUUGAUGCUGACUGUGACAACAUCGAUUACUGUUCGGAAGUAGGAUGGCUAAGUGGAGGCCAAAUGUUGAAAAGAUUCUGUGAUUUACAACAUAUUAUCAAGUCAUUAUGGUAUCAAAAACAAAAUUUGUGCCAGAAAUCGACAACUAUGAAGAAAACCAAAUUUGUGCCUAACUUGACAACAAUGAAAACUAGCUUACAUAUUUAGUUAGCAUUUUUAGUGGAUUUAACUACUCAAUUAAAGGAGUUAAUCAUACAUCUUCAAGGUGAAAACCAACUUAACAGUACAAUGUUUCGAACCACAAUAGCAUUCCAAAUGAAACUGAAAUUAUGACAAGCUCAAAUCAAGACAAACAAUUUUAUGCAUUUUGACAUGUUAGCUAAAGACAGUCCUGUGAACAGUGAAAAUAUGCAGCCUUACUUUUCAGUUUGGAAACAGAUUUCAAGAUUUCUGGGAAAACAGUAUUUUGGUGCAUUUGUAACUCCAUUUUCAGUCAAUAUUAAUAUGUUAAAUGUGAUGGGCUUGGCACCCGUAGCACGGUGGUUACAAAGGCUGGCGGGUUCAAACCUGGCCUGGGCCUGCUAAACAACCACCACUAUAACAAAAAAAUAGCUGGGUGUUGUGGCGGGCACCUGUAGUCUCAGCUACUUGGAAGGCUGAGGCAAGAGAAUCACUUAAGCCCAAGAUUUUGACAUUGCUGUGAGCUGUGAGACCACAGCACUCUACGAAGGGCAACAUAAUGACAUUGUCUCCAAACAAAAAACAAUGAUCAUUUGUCUUUGCUGUACUUUAUAGGUCCUAUAUUUGCAGAAACAAAUAUCCCUCGCUUCUCAUGCUUUUUGGCAGCACCUACAUUUGCAUGUAACUAUUUUCAAGAAUGAAGCACAUUAAGAGUAAAAUUAGAACCAAAAUAUCUGGUGAUCACCUUGAGAAUUGACGGAAGUAAUUCCAUCAAAUCAGAUGUUGAUGCAUUAGUUUCUCAAAUACAAUGUAAAUUAUCCCACAAGUUUUGUAUUGCCCACUUUUGUAAUAAAAAAUAUUUUAAGAAAGCUGUUUUAUUACUUAGAUACGUACGUUUUCUAUAUUGGUGAUCACAAACUUGGGACCUGCUCAACAUUAAUUUUAAAGACUCUGAAAAGACAGCAAUAUAAUUAGGAUUAUUAUAUGAAGAUUUUUGUUGCUUAUCUAUGGUGCUCAUCAUCUGUCAUUACUGUUUGUGUAUUAAAUGUAUGGCCCAGAGAAGCCAAAAGGUUGGACACCCUUGGAUAAAUCUUUCCUUGGUUCAUCUCUAUUUUUUGCUGUCAGUAUUACAAAUGCAUCUGUAGUUGAUCCAUUUUUUCCAAAAAAUGAAUAAGAUACAUGUGCCAGAAUUCACCGAAACACACUGAACCUAUUUUGUUGUAAGUGUGACCUUGUGAUCAGUUAUCACCUCAGUCUAACCAUGUCUACAGAGGCAAGGCAAUGGUUUUGGCUACUUUUACAGAUUAAGACAGGGAGUAAAUUAGAGUAACACAGUAUCAUGGUGGAUAGGGGGAGUCUACUUGUAAUCAGAGUCUAUUUUCUUCAUCUUUUUUUUUUUUUUUUUAUUGUUGGGGAUUCAUUGAGGGUACAAUAAGCCAGGUUACACUGAUUGCAGUUGUUAGGUAAAGUCCCUCUUGCAAUCAUGUCUUGCCCCCAUAAAGUGUGACACACUAUUUUCUUCAUCUUUAAUAAUAAUUAGUACGUACUUAACAGUCUGGGCUAAGCCCUGUUCUAAGCCCUGCACAUACACAAAGUGACUUUAAAGUUCAUGUGCAAUUUAAAAUUGCACACUAUUUUAAAUUGCACACCAACUUUAUGGCCACCCUGUAUUAAACCUAUUUCAUCUUCUCAACAACUUCAUUUUAUAGAUGAGGAAUUUAGUAUAGUUUUAUUAGUAAUAACUGGCCGUGUAUCACAUAGCUAGGAAGUGGCAGAACCAGACUUCAGUCCAAGCAUUCUGGCUCCAGAGUGUAUACUUUUAACCCGAACUCUACAGUGCCUUCUAAAUAAAAUGAAAAUUUGACACGUACACUGAAUUCAGUGAACACGUAUGGAGCAUUUUACAUGUCAGCUUAAAAUCCAUGUCCUUGAGAAGCAAAAAUUCCUCAACCUUCUAUUUCUAUAGAUUAAACUCCUUUCCAAACAGUCACAGGUUUGGGGUGCUCUAAACACCCAAAUUUAUGUUAUCU